AUGGGUCGAGGCAAACCGGAUAGAGCCUUUCCUCCGCCAGCGCAGGCUGGCCAAUAUCGCAUACCUCAAAACGUUACCCAACACACCAAUUAUCCAGGGGCAUCUACACAACAUUACUCGAUGGAUCAUGCUACUCAGAACCAACAAGUGGACUCGUGGAGAUCAUACAGGAACGAUACAAUCACUCUCCAGACCUCCACAGAUCCACAACGUUACCAAACAACUCAUGACCCCAUCAUGCACGACUCUCAACCGCCGCACCUCUACCAAGGCCACUUGCGAGAAAUUAACCCUGAUCCGUCCUCGUAUCGACGCUCUCAACCGCAAGGCUCGCAAUAUGCGCCGUAUCAGGCACUCAGAACCCCAAAUGGAAGUCAUGAGAGACAGGUUGUUCCACAAGCACAGCGUGCGUCGGACCGGGUUGCUCCUCAAAAUACAUCUCGAUACCCGUUUCGACACAGACGUGUUGAUCAGAUCGCGCCGUACAGCACGAGAGCAGCUGAUGAUAUACCUGUUCCAUCAAUCGAAGACCACAAUGUGUCUGCAGACUCUUCUGCACCUCCAAAUCUACCAACACGCAAGAUCGUGGGUCGCCGCAGCCGUACACGUACAGCUACCCCUGAGUUCGUUGAGUCGCCACCUCCGCCAACUGCCAGUGCUGAGUACAAGAAAAAAGCCGCAUUCCCCCCUGCACGCAGAGAGACACCUCAGAAGCUUUUGAUCGUACUUGAUCUCAAUGGAACACUCCUGGUCAGACCGAACCGCCGCAAGGAUCCUACAAAAUUCAAGAUCAGGCCCGGUGUCACACAGUUGUUGAACUACUUGUUUGAACAUCAUAUUGUCAUGGUGUAUUCUUCCGCCCGACCAGAAAAUGCAAUGCCCAUGGUGACGAACCUCAUCCACCCAAAGCAGCGACAGCUGAUGGCAGGUGUUUGGGCUCGAGACAAAUUGGACUUGACCAAGGCACAGUAUAACAGCAAAGUCCAAGUCUAUAAGAAAUUGCACAAGAUCUGGGAUGAUCGGACCAUUCAAGCGAAAGCCGAACCCGGUCGAAAGUGGGAUCAAAGCAAUACUAUCCUCGUAGACGACAGUCAACUCAAAGCACUUGCGCAGCCGCACAAUUUGCUGCAGGUUCCGGAAUUCGAAGAUAAUGCCCCUCGAGAAGGAGGAAAAGCGCUACGGGACUGGCAAUUGAACGAACAAGCCAACCUUGUGUCUUUGGAGCAGAAGCUCGAGGAACUUAAGUGGCAAGUCGAUGUGUCGAGGCUGAUCCGAGAAUGGCAGACCGGCAAGCGGCACGCCCCUGGUGUCGUCGACGAAGCAGUUGACCAGAAGACCCAUCGUAGCUUUCUGCAGCAACACCCGCCGACUCCCACACCGAGCGUUGGUCAACCGGACACUCCUGAGAAUAGCCGUCAAAGCCCUGCUCAAUCUAGUGGUCGUACAACAACCUCAACCGAAGACGAGACGGACGCUGGUGGCGGAGUCGACAUCUCCGGCAUAUCCAUUCUCGAUACAUUAGAGGAGGAAAUCGAUCGCGCGCUACACCCCGAGACUGCGGUGACGAACGACGGUCGGCGCAGCGAAUCGCCUAUUGACGAGAACGUUUGGAAAGAAAUCCUCAGUGGCAGCAAGAAAGGUGACAAGCAGACGGAGAAACGCUCGUCCAGCGCUGUCCCCCCGACUCCUGAAAGUAUGAGUACUUGA